AUGUUCGGCUUCUGGGACUGGGUUGGCGGCUGCUAUAGCUUCUGGAGCGCGAUCGGCCUCUCGAUCACGCUUGUGAUCGGGUAUGAACACUAUGAGGCUCGCCUUUGCGGCGCGCACGACAUAGACGCUCACUUCCUCACCGCACCACUCGAAAAGAACCUGCCCGUGCUCCUCGCUGUCAUUGGGCUCUGGUACAACAAUUUGCGCACAGACGUAUGCGCGGCUCCGUACGACCAGCACACGCACAAAUGUGCAGACUACUUACAUUCUUGCGACAUGAAGUCUAGCGGUAAGGUCAUCACCAAGGGCAGCAAGCGUGUUGACUAUCAGACCAUCCUGGUUAUUUGGAGCGUGGCCAGCACGAAUGGGCAGCACUCAUUCUACCAGCUGCUGCACCAGGGUACAAAUAUUGUCCCGGCAGACUUUCUAGCCCCUGGGAUGUCGCACAAUCCGCUCCGUGGCUCCCUGCACCGCCGCAUCCUGCUCAGUAACUACUUCGUGCAGUCCAAGGCGCUGGUGUUCGGCAAGACCGAGGAGCAGGUCUGCCGGGUACGCCUCGCCCUCUGCUCGGGAGCGAACGAGGCGCUUAUGAAGAGUAAGGUUGUCGAGGGCAACCGACCGAGCAACAGCAUCUUCUUCCCGCUACUCAGGCCCGCGACGCUAGCUCAUCACGACUGGCCUUAUUCGCUACUACAGAAGCACCGCAAGGAGUAUGAGGCGGGUUGCAAUGACAGCACGGAGAACGAAGCGGAAGCUGAAAGGAGAAUGCCGUUUUCAUAGACAAGAGACGAAUGCAAUUAACAGGGAAGGAAGCGACAUUGCACGUCGCGGAGCUCAACUUUGCUCAAUGACCCGCACGGCUUCAUGGACAACCCUGUCCGUUCUCCCCACGCAAUGUCGUGCCCCAGCCCGCGCCUGACUUCGAGCCAUUUGACCACCCGCUCGCGCACAUGAUCUGCCUCAUCAUGGCGUACUCCGCUUCCGUCAAGGACCUAUUCACAACGCAUGACUCACUCGUGACGACGGGCUACCCGAACAGCCACAAGCUGAUCCUUGUCAUUGAAGACGGGGUGGUCAAAAGCGCUGAUCGACAGCCUUCGACAGCUACUCUUCUAUCUGCACUAGUCCUCAAGUAUUCUUUCCGUCUCCAGUGCGCCCUGCCGACACAUCGGUUAGUUCCAACACAGGUCUCUUUCAAUUGGACACGAUCCUAAGACCUCUCUAAGGAUUCUUCACCACGCGGAUGCGAAUGUGCACCCUAGUACUAUUACCGACACUUUUGAGUCCACCGAUAUCCGAAACUACUGUGUUGCCAAUUAAAUGUAAAUAUAAAUAUGAAAAAAUCCUUUCUGUAAUCU